AUGGCUAUCAAACGUAAAGACUUUCAGAAGACAUCAUCAACUAUACUCGAAUUUUUACUUAAAUUACCUGAUGAAGAAAUUAAUUCACGUUUACGUGAUACUUUAUUACAUGGUCUUCAUUUUUUACAACAAUACUAUUUAAUAUUACAAAAACGUGAUAAAGAACAAAAACCAUUACAAUGGACACUUGAACGUGGUUUAAGUCCAUUAACACCAUUUCGUGAAGCACCUGAUAAAUUUGAAUGGCCAUGGAUUGAUAUUGAAUCACAUAAAGUUAAACAAACAAUUCCAAAACAUUCUUUAACUAAUUUUCUUAAUUUAUCACCUAUUAUUAUUGCUGUACGUGAAGGUGAUUUACGAUAUGUUAAAGAAUUAUUAAAUUCUGAUACAGAAUUAAUUGAUUGUGUUGAUUCAUUUGGAAGAGAUUUAUUAACAUAUGCUGUACAAUAUCAACAAAUACAUAUUUUACGUUAUUUAUUACUUGAAUGUAAAUCAUCAAUAAAUAUUAAUUUUCAAGCUAAUGAUGGUUCAACAUGUUUACAUCGUGCUUGUUAUACAGAUGAAGGACAACAAUGUAAUAUUGAAAUAGUAAAAAUUUUAUUAGAAAAUAAUGCUGAUGUUACUAAACAAGAUGUACAUUUACGCUCACCAUUACAUUGGGCAGUGUUAGCUGAAAAUAUUGAUUGUUUAAAAUUAUUAAUUGAAUAUAAUAUUGAUGUACAUAUUAAAGAUAUCGAUGGUAUGACAGCGGCUAUGUGGGCAUGUCAUCUUGAUCGUUUUGAACAUUUUAUAGAAUUAUCUCAACAUAUGAAUGAUAGUAUAGAAACAGAUAAUGAUGGUCGAACAUGGAUUCAUCAUAGUGUAAGAAAAACGGAACCAUUAAAAUGUUUAAAAUAUUUAUUAUCAUCGGAAUCAAUUUUAUUACGUGAUAAUGAUGGUAAAACAUGUUUACAUGUCGCAGCUGAACAAGGUUCAGUUCAAUCUUGUCGUCUUAUAUUUGAUAUGAGUGAACAAACAAAUAAUCAUUCUUAUAUACAUGAUGGUGAUAAAUCUCAGCAAACUCCACUUCAUUUAGCAACUAAACAUGGACAUGCUCGUGUAUUAAAAGAAUUAUUAGAUCAUGGUGCUGAUCCAGAUCUUAAUGAUAUACAAGGUAUAUCAUCAUUUGAUUAUGCUCAAAAUCGUGGUCUCUAUUUUUGUCGAAGUGUAUUUGAAGUAUAUUUACGUGAAAAAAAUUCCAAUAAUAUUAAUAGUCGUCCAUCAACAACACGUAGUUUUAAUAAUAAUAUAAUGAAAUUAAAUGGUAAUGAUGUAACACCAACACCACCAGUUAAUGGUCAUGCUACAUUUAUUCGUCGUAAUGGUCAUCGUUCAUUAAAUGAAUCAUUACCAAUAAAAAAUUCAUCAACAUCACCUAUACUUUCAACAGAAAAAUUUUCUCAUACAAUAACUCAUUUUAAUUCUUCAUCAAAUGGAUUUAAUGAUAAUGAAGAAGAAGAAGAUCAUAAUCAACAACAAUUUCGACCAGUAUCAUCAACAACAAAUAAUUCACUUCUAGCACCACCUAUUAAACCUCGAAAAAAUAUAACAACACCUAAUAAUUCAAUUAUAAAACCUAAAAUAAAUCCUAAUCAUCAUUUUAUUCCUGCAAAUUCAUCUCAUUCAGAUGAGGAGGAUGAUGAUGAUGGAGGCAAUAGUCUUCAAGGUCAUAAUAGCGAAGAUGAUAAUUCAAAUCGACAACAUGAACAAUCUAAUUCUCAUCGAUUUUUACGUCAUAAUGAUAAUCGAUUUCAACAACAGCAACAAUCAAAUACGACAUUUCAUCGUCCACACUAUAAAAAAUCUAAACAAUCAAAUAAAAAUUUAGCAUAUGAUGAUUAUCGUCCAUUUGAUGAACAACAACAGCAACCAUCAGCAUUUACAAGUGUAUCGAAACAACCAAUUCGUUCAGCAAUCAGCAAAGAUUUUCUACAACCAUCAUUAAAUCGUAUUGGUUCUAGUAAUGGAAAUCAAUCCAUAUCUAAUCGACUUAAAUCAGGUUCAAAAUCAAGUUCAACUGAAUCUAUACCAGCACUUGAUUUAACAGUUGCUGGUCAAAAAGUUUUUCGAACAAAACAAUCCAUAUCUGAUAUAUUUGUAUCCAAUUCUUUACCGAAUUCAAAUCAAAUGCGACCACCAAGUGGUCGUUUAAAACCAAUUCAUAGUGCUAAAUCAACUUCAUCAGUUACCGAUGAAUAUUCUUCAAAUUCAACAAAAACAUUAGAAGAUGUUACAAAUAAUUCUAAACAAUCAUUAAACAAAGCAUUUCUUCAUAAAAAGAAACUUACACCAUUAAUCAAUGGUACUGAUACAAUGAAUAAAAAAUCGUCAUUACAUACCGCAAUGGAUCACCCGCAAUAUGUUGAAGAUAUAACUUCUGAUAGAUCAGAAGAAACAAGUAUUGAUAUGAGUACAGGAGGAGGAGGAGAUAGUCGAGAUUUUAAAUCAUUCAAUAGAAUUGAUAAACAUUCUAAAUUACAUUGA